UGUUCGUCGGGUCAGGGUGAAGAACUUGAAGCGGUCGUGGGGGAUGCUCAUCUUAAACCAUCUUUCAUCCUGACCGAGGAACUCAGCGCGCAUCGGACUCUCACUGACAUCAGAUGUCUAUUGCCAGACGAAGAGUUUACUGCGGCGCGCGCGCUUCCGGAAACUUAUUUUUAUAAUUCAAUUUUUUUCUUUUUUUUUUUUUUUUCAUGUGCGCAAUGCCUGCAGGCGCACUUCGGUUCUGCUUCUGACAGUUUUAUUGUUGUACGAUUAUAGUAAAAGUAUUUCAGGUUAUAAGUGUGAUGUAAAAAAAAAAAAAAAAGAAAGAAAAGAAAACGCUGCAUUGUGGAUGAAGAUGAAGAUGAGGAUAAGAAAUGAGGUUUUAUCCGGAGCAGCUCAGACGCAGAGGCUUGUCCUAAAUCAACUCCGGUUCCUGGCGGACGAAUGAAGCGGAUCUGCGCAUCUUCCAGAAAAGCAAGGUACAACUGUCUCACUGCACCAGAGUUUUUGGGCGUGAUCUUGUCACACUGGAGGCGUCUCACAGCACGCCGCAAUCAUGGAGAAGUGCUGUUCCGAAUGUCCGGAGCCACGAGUGGCCCAGAGUUUAUGCACCUUCUGCAACAAGUGGCUGUGUUUCCAAUGUACAGAUCUGCACCAGCACGAGAGAAAUUUAGCAGCUCCACCACCUGAGUCGCGGCACCACCCGAGCUCCAGUAGUCCCACAGUGCCAUCAGAAUCAGGUUUGGCUUGUUGUGGCCACGCAGUUGUCAUGUGUCCACUCCAUAAACAGGAGCUUCUGGAGCUCUUCUGUGAGACGUGUGACCUUCUGGCCUGUAGCAUCUGCCACCUGUCUUCACACAAGGACCAUCGCCUGGUCCACGUGGGCAAGGCUUUACAGGAUCAGCGGUGGCUCCUGGAGAACCUGAUGGCUCGAGUGGAGGAGAAACGAUCGGCUGUGGAGAACACCGCCAAGCAGAUACAGGGCAGACUUCACAGUGUAAAGAUCACACAGAGGAAGGCAGAGAACCAGAUUAAAAUGGCUAAGAUGAUCAUGAUGAACGAGCUGAACAAACGGGCCAACCUAUUAAUAGAGCAACUGGAGAGUAUCUCCAGCGGUUUCAAGCAGCAUCUGGAGGACCAGCUACAGGGGGCGAUAGAGCUGUGUAGUCAGCUGGAGCAUGUGCAGAACUUCAUCACCUGGGCGGUGGCGCAUCACCGGAGGAACCCGCUACUGUUCAGCAAAGAACUGAUUGCUCUUCAGAUGCAGCAGCUCCUAGAGCCGCUGAUUCAUUCCGAAACAUGGGCACCUCUGAAAAUAAAGUUCAACUGGGAUGCCAGCUUCUGGACCAAACAGAUCUCCACUCUGGGUCAGCUCAGUGUUGAGGGAGGAAGUCGCUCGUACACGGAGGCCAUGGCCCGGCCCAGUAUCCUGAGACCUCAGCCUGUUCCGUGUGUGUCCGUCCCGUCUCUGUGUUAUCCACUUCAAGAGACAGACUGCAGCUAUCAGUCCUUCUGUCAGCACCAGCUUUGCUGCCUACACUGCAGACUGUCUCCCUCUGUUCCGCUAGAGAAGUACGUACUUCCACUGGACAAAUAUUCGGUACCGCACACUCAGGAACCCAGCUGCAGUUCUCCUCUGAACCUGCAGAGGCGCUGGAACUCUCACACUACAACCCAAGUGCACCUGUCCCAGAAUUCCACGCUUCCUGAGUCAGUGCUUUCGGAUCCAGACUUGGUGAAGCAUUCCACUGCGAGCAGUUGUCAGACCCAGAGCAGCCAAGAACGUCCUGCAGAUCAGAUGUUUCCAGAAAAACAGCUUGAAAAUCUUGCGGACGUGGAGAGCAGCGAGGAGCGUCUCUCAGCGCACACAGAUGAAGACGUGAGAAACUUCGACCCAUCCGACAUGCUGGUGCAGGACGGAGGAUGUGGAAUGAAUGCAGAGAGCCCAGAGAGCAGAACCGGUGUGUGCACCAUCUCAGCAGAACCGGGAUCAUCAGGCAGUGCUGCAUACCAACCACCUUCUCCUGGGGCUAAUCAGAGUGGAGAAACAUCGGCCGAGGAGCAGGAACACACGGCACAGCGGCUGAAAUGCACAAGUCCUACUGAAAGAAUUCUACAAAAUGUAACUAUUCGGAUUCAUCCAGACAGCCGUGAUGGUUCUUCUCAGACGGUCUACAAGACAGAACCAGAUAACAUCUAUGCAUAUUCCUAUGAAAAUACCAGCUGUACAUUACCGACUAAACACAGCAUGUCAAGAAAAGUUAAGGACACCAGCAAAAAAACUCCUGAAGCUUCCAAGGUUCCAGUUGUGUGUCUGGAACGUCUGAAGAUCCUGGUGUCAAGACGUCCACCACAGGGACACCACAGCACGGCUCCUGCCGCUGACUCCAGACUAAAGUGUGAAGGGAUCGUGACCCACGAGCAGGACAGGGAACUAAGUGCUGAGGAGGAAGUCUGUGAAAAUCCAGAACAGAGUCUAGAGGUGGAUCAGAUACCAAGUGAGCCACCAGAGCUGAUAGAACAUCUAUCAUGCAGCACGUCAACAGUGGAUUCAGAGUCAUCAUUAAAGGAGCUCUGGAACCAAAGCAAGGCACUUUUAUCCCCCAGUAUUGCACCAAUUCAAUCCAGCAUUUUGGAACACUCCUUAGAACCAGAACCUGAACAUGCUUUAGGACCCAAUACAUCUAAACCCAGAUCAAUGCCAGUAUCCGAGCCGCAGCCUGAAUCCAGAUCGGAAGCUGAAAUCGGAUCAGAUGCAGAACUGGAAUCAGAAAUUCAUGCUGAAUCAAAUCCAAGUACUACACCUGAACCAAACAUUGGAUCGGAAUCAGAAUUAGAUCUGGAAUCUGAGCAGGUUCAGGAACACUCUGGAGAGUCUGAGCAGGAGCUGGAAUCAGAUCCGGACUCCACUGCUGAAGUAACUCUAAACCUGGAACGGGAGUGUGAAUGGCAGGCAGAGCAUAUCAGUGCAGACACAAAUGGGCAGGAGGAGGUGGGCGUGGUCCAGCAGGAGUGUGUGGAGGUGGAGAGUGAGGACUUCUGUGCCGUUUGCUCCAUCGGAGGUGAGCUGCUGUGCUGCGACCGCUGCCCCAAGGUCUUCCACCUGACCUGCCAUGUACCCUCUCUCCUCAGUUUUCCCACGGGUGACUGGGUGUGCACUCUGUGCAGAGACGUGCAGCGGCCUGAGGUCGAGUACGACUGUGAGGAAUCUCGGAUGCCCCCCCACACUCGGCCAUCUGCACUGUCACCAUGUGACCUCAGGAAAUGUGAAAAGCUCACGCUGUUAAUCUACAGCAACAUCCUGAGCGCUCCGUUCCACGAACCCGUCAGCCCUCUGGCUCGUCAUUAUUAUCAAAUCAUCAAGAGGCCUAUGGACUUGUCUGUUAUCCGGAGCAGACUGAACAGAAGUAGCUCGGCUCACUACAGCUCCGUUGCGGAGUUUGUGUCUGACGUUUUGCUGAUGUUUAAAAACUGCGCCAAGUUUAACUACCCGGAUUCAGAAGUGGCUCAGGCCGGCCGCAGUCUUCAGACCUUCUUCUUCUCGAAGCUCAGCGAGGUUUUUCCCGAGCUUAGCUGUCCUGCUCCUGAUGACGACUCGGAGAGCGAUGAUUAUGAAGAGCCCGAGUGUGCGAUGGCCAUGCCGUUCUCCUGGCCUGAAAGGAGAGAGCAGAGCCACAGGAAGAGAAAGAGGAGGCGCUCAUUUAGCUGGAAGAGACCUCACUAUUAACCUCCAGUUCUGUGAUGGACUUCUACACCAUGCCACAUAACUAUUUUUUUCCUUCUUCUGUAAUUUUUUGUAAUCCUGUGUAUCAUGGUGUUCUAUAUGUACACAGCUGGAGAUUUUUGAAACUGAUGGUUUAUGCUGCGAUGUUCUUCACUGGGACGGACUGUAUGUCAUAACUUCUCUUUGGAAGGGUUUUGAUAUCUUACAGGUUGCUGGCGACUGCUGUUUAGCGGAUGUAGACGAGCAAUGAUACCGUAAUAUACAGUAUAUUUAUUAUAGAGAAUGUGAUAUUGUACGGUUUUCUAUGCUUUAUACGGCCCAAUAUAACAAGCGUGUAGUUUUUUCUACUGUAGUGACCUAUUAGACCUGUAGAGGGAGCGGUUUAUAUAGCCUUAAGCCCAACAGCCGUUCACAUUGGACAGAUCCGUGUUGAAUUAAUUUUCCUCUGGCGUUUUUUCAAUCAAAAUAUUCCUCCUAUUCUGGAGAGGAAUGAAUUCUGAUUGGACGUUGCUAGGUAACUCGUUUUAAAUAUGUAUCGCUUAAAUGUUCACUUAGUAAUGAUUCUGAAAUAUUUAAGUAAUGGAUUAUUUCUCAGGUAGAAGCGAAGGAGGAGUGUGAAUAUAAUACUCAUGUACAGGGUAGAUCAGAAAUAAAAAUCUUCAUUAAAAUAAUAAUAAUAAUAAUAAUGAUAAUAAUAGUGUAGAAUUAGUUUGUUUCCUUUAUUCUUUUAAUCUAAUGUAAUUCAUUAGAAUUAGCUUAUUAUUUUGAAUUCUUGAUGUAAAAUCAUUUAAAACUUUAUAUAAAACUGACAACAUAAGUGUCCACAUUUAUUUUGCAGUACUUUAAAAAAAUACUAUUAUUAUUCUCUUUUUUUAUUUGCUUUUAAUCUGUACAGAUUGUAUAAAUAGUUCAUGGUGAAUCGGCGACUGCCAAAUUAUUUUCAGAUGACACGUUUUUGGCUCAAUUUCCAACCUAAGUGGGAAUAAUCACACGCUCACAAUUGAUAUAAAUCAGAUCACUCUGGUAGCCUUGACCACUUUGUCAUUUUGUCAUUGUGCCCUAAACACUAUCCAUAAGCACUGAAGAUUUUGUUUAAUCACAUAAACUGCAUGUUCACACAGUGAUGAGAUCACGAUCCAGUUCCUGCUUUUUUUUUAUUUUUUAUGAUAAGUAUAGAAUCUAAUGAGCAGCUGCACUGACUUUCCUAUUAAAUGUUAUGAAACUUGCUUUAACUCUGAA